AAUUUGUUCCCUCUCUCUCUCUCUCUCUCUCUCUCUCUCUGGAGUGGUCGUUAAUGGCGAUCUCAUUCCAAUCCAACCACUAACAACAUCGCUUUCGCAGACACACAUGCACAGAGGGAGGGGAUGGGUCAUCAUCACCACCACCAUAACACCAGCGAUGGCAUCUCCCAGCGAGUCAGUAGCCCUCGCUUCUCGGGUCCAAUGACUCGUCGAGCGCACUCAUUCAAGCGCAACAUCACCAACAACAGCACCCACAUCAGCAACAACAACAACAGUGACAACAUUAACAGCGACAGCCACAGCAGUCAUGGAACCAGUUUCAGCACCCACCAUGAAAUUGACCUCCUCCUCAACUCACCCAGAUCCGAAAUGGGCACCAACUCGGUUUGCCUUGAUGGGAUUGAGUCAGUCUUGAAGCAAAGCCACCAUGUGAGCCAGAGGAUUCAUGGGGGUGUGGUCAGGGGCUUGCUGAAGAAGCCUAUCGGAUCUGUGGUGGUGGAGUUUGGGUUGAGGGAGAGGAAGAAGCUGGGUCAUUUGAUGUUCUUGCUGUUCUGUGGGAUGUGCCUGUUUCUGGGCCUUCUAAAGAUAUGUGCUACUGGCUGGUUUGGAUCUGCCAUUGAAAGAGCUGGGUUCAAUCAGGAUUCAACUGACCCCAUCACUGAUCUAAAUCUAAGGGAUCGGAGACCUCGUGAAUAUAGGGAGGGAGGAAAUGAUGUCGAACGGACUUUAAAAAUGGUUGCCUCGGGUGUAGUUAGCAGCCAAAACGGCGUGGCUGAAUACUCAAGUAUCUGGUCGCCACCCCAUAGUGGGAAUUUCACCCAGUGCAUCAACCGGCCAAGAAGUCACAAAAGGCCAGAUGCAAUGACAAAUGGCUACCUUAUUGUAAAUGCCAACGGCGGCUUGAAUCAGAUGAGAUUUGGGAUUUGUGAUAUGGUUGCUGUUGCUAAGGUUAUGAAGGCAUCACUUGUCCUGCCUUCGCUUGAUCACGCCUCCUUCUGGGCUGAUGAGAGUGGCUUUAAAGAUCUGUUUGAUUGGCAACACUUCAUUGAAACCCUGAAGGAUGAUAUUCACAUAGUAGAGACGUUGCCACCUGCAUAUGCUGUACUUGAGCCUUUCAACAAAACACCAAUAUCUUGGUCCAAGGUUACCUAUUAUAAGACUGAGGUCCUCCCUCUUUUGAAGCGGCACAAAGUGAUCUAUUUCACUCAUACUGAUUCUCGGCUUGCCAACAACGAUAUCCCAAGUUCCAUACAAAAACUGAGGUGCCGUGCCAAUUAUAAGGCAUUGAAAUAUUCAGCUCCAAUAGAAGCGCAUGGCAACACAUUGGUUUCUAGAAUGCGACAGAAUGGAAGUCCUUACCUUGCUCUCCAUUUGAGGUAUGAGAAAGAUAUGCUUGCAUUUACAGGCUGCAGUCAUAAUUUGACUGCAGAAGAAGAUGAUGAGCUACGAAAUAUGCGGUAUGAAGUCAGCCACUGGAAGGAGAAAGAGAUUAAUGGGGCAGAAAGAAGGUUGCUUGGAGGCUGCCCAUUGACCCCUAGGGAAACAGGCCUUCUGCUCAGAGGGCUUGGUUUUCCAUCCAGCACCAGGAUUUACUUAGUAGCUGGUGAAGCUUAUGGUAAUAGAACUAUGCAAUACCUUAAGGAUAGCUUCCCCAACAUCUUCUCCCAUUCCACUCUCUCUACAGAAGAAGAGUUGAGGCCUUUCAAGAAACAUCAGAACAUGUUGGCUGGAAUAGACUAUGUUGUUGCCCUUCAGAGUGACGUCUUUGUUUAUACUUAUGACGGCAAUAUGGCAAAGGCAGUUCAAGGUCAUAGGCGCUUUGAGAACUUCAAGAAGACCAUCAAUCCUGACAAGAUGAAUUUUGUAAACCUUGUUGAUAAGCUUGAUGAAGGAAAAAUCUCCUGGAAGAAAUUUAGUUCCAGAGUGAAAAAGCUUCACGAAGACCGUGUUGGAGCUCCAUAUCUAAGAGAGCCUGGGGAGUUUCCCAAGCUGGAGGAAAGUUUUUAUGCGAAUCCCCUUCCAGGAUGUAUUUGUGAAACAAGAAAGAAUGACAAAACAUGUUGAUAGAAAGAAAUGCUCCUGCUUAUAGGUGAAAAAAUUUCCUUGGGUUAGUAUGGAACCAUAACAAUGAAGUCAUGAUCGUGGCCGACUAAUUUAAGGUGCCUGCGGACUGCUCAGUCUUACCACUCUCAAGAGAUACAACAGAAAAGAAAACAUUCAUACCAUGAAUUCAAAUUUCUCCCUGCAAAGCUACAUACAUCAAACCGUAAUUGUAAUUUUUUUUCUUCUUUUCUGGUAGGGCAUCAGUUGAGGAGGGGUCGCGGGUUAGGGGGGAGGGGUUUGAAUGUGUGUACUCCAAUUUUGUAGUAUGAAUAACUAUUGGGACACAAGAGAUAAUGCCAAAGGGAUUGUAUUGUUUCAAGAUGUCAAUAGUACGAAAGUUGUGAUUUCAAAGAU